AUGCUGUCAGAAGAGGCAUACGGGCAUAUUGAGCUCAUCAUCGGCCCCAUGUUUGCGGGGAAGACGACGGAGUUGAUGCGUCGGGUCCGACGCGAGUUGCAUGCGAAGCGUACCUGUUACGUCAUCAAGCACUCCCAUGAUGUGCGCUACAACAGCGAGUGUGUGUCGUCGCACGACAUGCAGGUUUUGGGCGCCACAGCAGCCGUUGCGGAGUUGCGCGAGAUUGGCGAUGCGUGGCGCGCGUACCAAGUGGUGGCUGUGGACGAGGGCCAGUUUUUCCCUGACAUUGUCGAAUUCUGCAACGUGGCCGCCGAUGCCGGGAAGACGGUCAUUGUCUCGGCCCUCGACGGGGAUUACCGCCGGCGCCCGUUUGAUGGCAUCUGCCGUCUUAUUCCCCUCGCCGAGACGGUGAAGAAGCUCAGUGCGGUUUGCAUGGAGUGCCACUCCCGCUCUGCCUCCUUCACGUACCGCACUGUGUCCUCUGAGAAGCGGGAGCUCAUCGGUGGUGCUGACAUGUACAUUGCCGCCUGCAGAAGAUGCUUCAUCAGUAAGUCGCGAAAGCGGGCGCGGGCGGAGGCGGCCAGCUGCUCGGCGGAUAAACUGGAGGACGCUCCGCAAGACCAGGAGGCGGAACCAAGGACACCUUCAACAACGGAGGCGGGGGCGGCGGGAUUCCCGUCACCGCUCAAAAUCGAUACAAAGGCCCCAGACGACGACAAGCACUGCACACCAAAGGAACGGCUUACGUGUGACUAA